AUGUCACUUUCAGCGAGUGUCGCCGCCGACAGUCUUCCAUUCUUACAGUAUGCACCGCUUAAUUGCGAGAGAUCAGUUCGCAUUGUAAUUUUGAGUCCAUCAAUCGAGUUGGACGAUCCAAUUCAAUGCGAUUUGAGAGAGGUGCGACUAGGAAGCUCAUCGCAGGAGACAACACCAUACGAAGCGCUCUCGUACGUCUGGGGCGGGAGACGUGGCGAACACCCGAUACGGUGCAACGGUUGCCGUGUUGACGUCACGAAGAACUGUCUAGAGGCUUUGCGUCAUUUGCGGUAUUCCGAUCGAGAACGUGUGCUCUGGAUUGAUGCAAUCUGUAUCGACCAGUCCAGUAUUCCGGAGAAAAACGUCCAGGUGGCUUUGAUGGGAGAUGUAUACAGAUUCGCCGCGCGCACAAUUGUUUGGAUUGGUACGGAUGAGUCACCCGGUAACUUACUGCUCUCCUUAUUCCGACGAUUUAUCCCUCUUACGCACAACCUUGCGGAACCAACAGUGAAGACAGCACAUGCCGUGCUUGCUCCUGGAGCUGAAACUUAUACGAAUGCAGUCCCAAGCAGAAACGUCUUAAAAGCCAUCGAGCUUCUGACCAAGGUCCCUUGGUUUACAAGGACAUGGACGCUGCAAGAACUGUGCUUAUCUGAGCAUGUGGUUAUCACGCUAGGAAAGUCUUCCCUUUCUUGGGAAUCUUUGAAUGCGUGUCUAAAGCACUGGACCACUCUCGCGGGUCGCAAAUUUGGGCACCGAACAAGCGAGUUUGAUUUAGUCAAUCUCGCAGACAGUUUCGGGAUGAAGAUGAAUUAUCGCUCAGCCUUACUCGGAGAGAAGCACGAAAACUCGAAUAUCCCGAAGCUGGCCUCUGCAUAUCUCGCAACCCGGUUGAUAAAGACGAUCAGAAGGAGAAACGCAAUGGACAAACGCGACCAGAGCUUUUCACUUCAUAACCUUCUCGGAAGGCUCGGUAUCAGUGUGCCGAAUCCGGAUUACACGAAACCCGUCACCAGAGUAUAUGAGGACCUCGCAUUGGCCCUCUGCCUUCAUUCGGGUUCAUUUUGGGUUUUGCAUAUGGGGUCUAGCGAAGACAAAGUAGACGGACUGCCAUCAUGGGUUCCAGAUUUCAGCCAAUUCAGCCCUGGAGGUUUUAAAGAUCAGUGGGACCUGCUUUCGAAUCCUCCACCGAUCAUCGCUGAAGAGGUUUCGGCAAUUGGCCUCUUGCAAAGCGGACGCAACACCGGACAAUUAUUAAUCAGGGCUCGACGCCUGCCGCCUGUGACGAUGAUUAGCGGAUCCCAUGUACCAAACGCACGAUACCUAUCAACGACGGUGAAUUAUGGCGAAGAUAUCAAAGAUCUAGUACUACCCGCAGUAGCUAAAUGGUUCCUCUUUGCUGAGAGCCUGGAAUUCUUUCCGUCUCGAAGACGUGGUGCUGAAGCCUUACUUGCUCUCAUCGCGAGUCUAGCAACCAAAAAGACAAGCGACGAUGAAUUCAAACCCAAGGCGGAUAUCACGCAGACUUGGUGGGCAAACUUUUACAGGGGGCUCAUGAUGGGUUUCACUGUCGAAGGACAACGGUCGACAAAAAAACUCGUCAAAUCCGCUUCUCGGCGUGGACGAUGCGUGAGCGCGCAUGGAGGCUGCCAGAGACCCAAUGCACAGUCCAUUGGCUGGUCAAUGAUGAACGAGAAUAUGACAGACAUUGACACCACGUCUAGCGUCCUGCUGGCUUGUCAGGGCCUGAGCCUUUGCCUGGUUGGCCAGGGCAUGCUGGCAGUGUGCGACGGCCAAGUCCAAACCGGUGACGUGCCGGUGGUCGGGGCCGGCUUAAUGGAAGAGCUGAUUCUCCGACCACGAGGCGAGGAGUUCGAAGUGGUUGGAGACUUUGACUUUAGUCUAGGGGACCGCUGUCAACUAAGCCCUGCUUCCCCCCUUCCCUGCCAUGGGUUGAUCAUUUCACGGAUCGGAAUUAGACCAUAUAAAUGCCCUGUUUAA